AUCACGUGCAUCCCUUUACCAGUUCCUGUCUUCUCUGACAUAGCAAUAAUGAUAUGUUUUAAUUCAACUGCAAGUCCUCCAGUAAGACUGCAGUCUUCCUUGGACCAGAAAUCUCCUGGCAUCAUCUCUUCCUGUGGAGAAAUAAUGUCCAAUUUUCAAGCUAAGAACUUCUUCAAGGUUUACCUCUUGGAACACAGCUUCCAAAGAAUGCUCAUUCCAUCUUCUGCUGUUGUGUGUUCAUACGAACUGAUGCCUGUGACAGUCAACUUUAGAAAUUGUAAAGGGCAAUGCUGGCAUGUGGAGGUGGAGGUGGAUGAAUGCGAUGGCAAGAUGUUUUUUAAGAAGGGUUGGAGAAAAUUCAUUGAUGAAAACUCCAUAAAGGAUAAAGAUAUUUUGGUUUUCAAUUAUUUUGGAUGUUUUGUGUUUGAUGUGAAAGUAUUCGGAUUAGAUCGAUGUGAGAAGAGUGUUUCACAUCUAGAAGAAGGAGAAGAUAGUGAGAUGGAGUUGGAGGAAGAAGCAGAAGAAGAAAAUGAUUAUGAUGACUUUCAGCAAGAAGGGAAAGAUGGUAGGCUGGAGUUGGAAGAAGAAGAUAAUGAUGAUGAGGACUAUCAGGAAGGAGAAGAUAGUGAGCUGGAGUUGGUGGAAGAGGAGGAAAAUGAAGAAGUAUUGGAUAGUUUAAACAAAAGAAGAGGCCAGAAAAUGAACAAUAAAAGAAACGAAGGGUCGCAUGAGGAAUUUGCUGCUAUGAAAGACGAAGGAACUACCUCUAUGGAGCUUUAUCCAGAAAAAUAUGUCCAACAUCUGAAUCCUUAUUUUGUGGCGAGGAUAAGGCUAAGGAGGAAGAACGAAUUGUAUGUUCCAUUUGAUGUAAUGAGAGAUUAUGAUCUGACUCUAGAGGACAAGGAGGAAAUUACAUUUGUUGACCCAUACAAGCGGGAAAGUACUGGGAAGGUUGUUAAAUGGAAAGAUGGUCGAACAUGCAUAACGGGAUGGAGAAGUUUCUGCAAUCGAAACAAAGUGGAUCUUCAGCGUGACGCUUGUAUAUGUGAAUUUCUGCUUGAAGGGACAAGAAAGAAGUUCAUACAAGUUCACAUUGUCCAUCGCAGGCUUUUGUAUUUAUUUGAAAACCCUUUGGUUGGGUUAGAAUCCUAUCCAUUCAUCAAACCCAUAGUUUAUGUACCUACCCCAGUAAACGUACUCAAAUCUGGGAUUGGAAUGGUAGAUAUAGGUGCUAAAAUGAAGAAACUUACAAGAGCAAUUGUUUUGAGGAUUGUGUCUGCUUGCCAACCAUCCAUACCUACUGCACCUUGUCCGUCAUCUGUCUCUUAUACAACUUAA